CUUGAGGCAGACCGUCACCAUCUCGUCUUCUCCCAGCGCGGGGCGGAGCAGCUACAUAUACCCUCCUCUCCUCCUGCGUCUAUGCACACCGUUGCUUAUAUACCUCUCAUCUGCCCUUGACCUCGCCUCACGAACACCAGCCAUGACUGAGUACGACUACUCGCCCGAGGCCUACGAACGGUACCAUGCCAAAAUGUCCAAGAUCUCCGACUGGGCACAGAGCAUACCUACCCAUUCACGCCUCGCCGACCCUUUCAGGGCUUCAUGCAUGCCCCCUCACACGUAGCGAGUGUCGUCUCCAGCGUUGGACCGUCGCCAUCCCUGCGACCGCUCCACAUCCCAGACACUCGCGCCAGGCGGGAGUCGCCAUCACGGACCUCACCGCACCCGUCCUCACACCGGCGUGGCCAUACACUACCAGCACCACCGCCACCAGUGCCAUUAGGAAUCCCGCCAUCCGUGGACUACCGCCAGUACAUCCAGCAGCAACCACAAGCACAGCGGCCACGUCCACACCCUCCCCGUUCGUCGACGGCGCCGCCGCCGAAUCCACCCCACGCGCGUGCCACGUACCCGAUGGACCGCACACACCUGGCGCAGGCAGGGUACGCUCCAGGCAGCACCUAUCGCCUUGCGUAUGAACCUGGCCGCGAGUACGUCCUGCCUACACGGCCCGGUCAGUCAUAUGUGAUCGUCCCGCCUAAUGGGGGACGUGUACAGGUUGUGCACGAUCCGACCACACAGGUCACAUACACGAAGGGCUCCCGGGGUACUGGCAGUUCCAGCAGCUCACGCAGCCCGACCAAGAAGCCGCUCCUCAAGAGGUUUCUGGCCUCCAUCAGCCCCACCGGCACGGCCAACAGGGGCCCACCAAGGAGCGGCCAGCCGCCUCGUCGACUAAGACGGCAUUCCACAUCGCAUUUCUGAGUCUCGGCCGCUGGCGGCCUUUCCUCCUCUUCACUUAUUCUGUCCCAUCUCCGGCUGCCGUCCGCACGACGCCGCCGCAAAAUGCGCGCCACGGCUGGCGUGCAGGGAUCUCCCCUCUUCUACUGGCAUCCUAUGGUACAUACGCCUUCGCUCCGGUCAUUCUCCACGGACGCCUCUGUAGAUAUCAUCUUCACAGUCUCCCCGCAGCCUAUUCUCUGGAUGGCCCCGCUCAGUACAUACCACUAGUAGAUACCUUAACGAGUAACGUAGAGCACGAAAUGUCACGACCCUUCGAGAAGCGGGCGCUAGGCCCGCACCACGAUCUACAUUACAUUCACUGGUC